CCCGCCCCCUGCACGCUGCAGCGGAAGCUGCCUCCACGGCCCACUUUGCAACCCGAUCCGAGGGGUGGGAGGCUAGAUCGGGCCGCAAACGCCGCCACUACUCCGUUCCCGGAGCGGUGGAGGAAGAGCAGGCAGCCCCGGGCUCUUUUCACUUAAUUCCAGAGCAGCAACUGGAAACUGCAGGGCAUUGCAAAGCAAGGCUGAGCCCGAGAGAGCAAGGAACAAGCAAGCAAGCCACGCUUGCAAUCUCUCCGGAGAGAGGCUCCGAAAGGGCGGGAGCAGAAUCGGCAAGGAUGGAGCCGGGCUGCAGUCUCUCCCCGCACUUCAUUUGAGAGUAAGUCCCCUAUAAUCCAAUGGCGCUUAAAGGUUGGAAGAGGGCCAGGCCUCUGUCUGAAGUCAUAGACAUAGGAGCCAGUUCCUAGGGGCCAUGAGUCUUGCUGGGUCACUUGGGAACAGUCCCUGUCUCUCUCGGCCUAGCCUACUCCACAGGGCUGUUGUUGUGAGACCAAACGGGGAAGGAAGAGAACCACAUAAUAAUAAUAAUAAUAUUUUAUUUAUAUCCCGCCCUCCCCAGCCGAAGCCGGGCUCAGAGCGGCUAACAACAAUAAAACACAUACGCUGCCGGGAGCUCGUUGGAGGAGAGGCGGGAUAUGAAUGCCAAUAAUGAUAUACAAGAAAUAAACAAAUUGCACCAAAUGUUGGGAUUUGAGUCUUGGGGUUCUGACAAGUCGUGCACCGACCAGCCCCUCUGCCCCUUGGUCUCUCAUCCUACAAAGACCGCCUCUCCCCCAAGCCCUAGGCCUAGAGGAACCUGAUUAACUCCUCUGCAUUCCUCAGUCCUACCACCUGUUUAAGUGCGGAGGACGGUUGUCUGUCGUUUCAGGGGUUUCCCACAUCUGCUGAAGCGCCUGGUGACCAAAAUCAUGCAGGAGAACUACGACAACGUCAUCUCACUGGGUAAGUAGCCAUUUCCAUGCUUUUUUGGGGGUUAGGUAUCAAGAUGCUGACAUACUGUCUACGCCAUCUUAGCCCAAACUAGUGUCUCCCAUCCUUCUCUGAUGCUGUGGACUAUAAGUCCCAUCAGUCCCGAACCACUGGCUGGGACGGAUGGGAACUAUAGUCCAAAAUAUCUGGAAGGUACCAGAUUGGGGGAAGGCUGGUCUUGAUUGCCAUGCCCCGUAAUCAGAAUUCCUUUGGGGUGAAAGGCACCAUCAUUCCAAACACAGCAGACCUUUAGUUGAGCUAUUUAUUUAUUCAUUCAUUUGUUCAGUCAUUCAUUCAUUCCACAAGAUUUAUAUACAGUCAUACCUUGGAUCCCAAAUGCCUUGCAAGUCAAACAUUUUGGCUCCCAAACGCCACAAACCCGGAAGUGAGUGUUCCAGUUUGCGAAUGUUCUUUGGAACCCAAACAUCCGAUGCAGGUUCCACAGCUUCCAAUUGGCUGCAGGAGCUUCCUGCAGCCAAUCGGAAGCCGCACCUUGGUUGUCGAAUGUUUUCAGAAGUCGAACAGACUUCUGGAACGGAUUUCGUUCAACUUCCAAGGUAUGACUGUACUGCUUGAUUGUAGUAAAACAGCAAAGCGGUUUAAAAAAAGAAUAAAACUAUCAGUUGGAAAACCAGUUAAAAACAAGUACGGUGGUACCUCCAGUUGCGGAUUUUAAGCUGAGGUUGGAUGGUCAUCUGUCAGAUGCUUUAGCUGAGAUUCCUGCAUUUCAAGAGCUUGGACUACAAUUCUAUGAUUCUAUGAAAUAUACCAAAUAUAGCCAUAUUUCAUCGAGACUUGCCACCCCUGUGCUUGGCCUAUUGUAUAAGUAACAAACGGUUGCCAAAUGGAGGCAAAAUACAUAGGUUUUGCUGCACCUUGAUAUGUCCUUAAUUUAUAAUACUUUGUAAGUCAGUUUCUCGGAGAUGAGAAUAAACAUUACUUGACCGAACCAUCUAUCUAAAGGAAAAUCCAAAGACUCUAUCCUCUGUUUUGGCUAGCAGUGCAUUCUACUGCUUCUAGCAGAAGCUCUUCCCUACAUCGUGCUAUGGGACCCACUUAACUAGGCAUGCCAAGGCUUGGACCCAGGAACUUCUGCAUGCAUAGGGUUGCCAUACUGCAGAAAGUAAAAACCAGGACUCCCUGAAAGUUGUUGAGCCUAAGGCAUAUGGCAGCCCUAGGCAUGCAUAGCUUGUGCUCCGCACACUAGGCCAUAUGGCUACUCUCUCCAACGGACUUAGCCCUGGACUGACCCCUUUAUGCACUGCUCUAAUCUUGGGAGCAUCUCUCCACUUCCUCUGACUUGCCCCUUCUCUUUCUGUCUCCACAGCGGAGGAGAUCGCCAUCAGUUGGCCCCGGAUCACAGCUUUCGCUGAGUCCCACAGGAGGAGAGGACUUGUCCCUGGUAAGUUGGCAUGGAGGAAGGCAUCUGGCGGUACCCCACUAGGGCUGCGCGAUACCUGCUUUUCAGCAUCGCAAAAAAAAAAAAAAAUCACCAGCAAAACACCGCAAUAUAGAUCACGAAGUCUGAAAUAAGGAUGGAGCUAUGUGGAGGAAUUGGCUGGCUUCACGUGUCUUUUUUUCCUGCGUCGUGAUUUUUGCAUAGCACGCACACAUGCAAACAAGUACCAUGAUGCGCGAUAUAUUGCCAGGUCAAAAUUAUGAAGCCAGUCUCACGAUACUGGCUUCAAACUGGCCUUUGGCGAUAUGUUGCCCAGCUGUAACACACAUCAUGUACUGCAAGACUGCCCCUCUGGAAGGGGACACAGUCAAACCUCGGUUUUCGAACGUCUCGGCUGCCGAACAAUUCGGUUUUCGGACGUCGAAAACCUGGAAGUAAAUGCUUUGGUUUUCGAACGCGCUUCGGAAAUCGAACGUGCCACGCGGCCUCCGCUGAGUGUCGGCUGUUGCGUCCUGAGCAACCGCGGAAAAUGGAGAUGAUAUUUGGCGCUAUGUAGUUGGCUUAUUAUUAUUUGGCUUAUGAUUUGGCUUAUUUUAUUUUAUGCUUAUUUGGUGUGAGAAAACCGAGGUACCACAGUAUUUGGCUUAUUUUAUUUUUAUUUUAUUUUAUGCUUAUUUGGUGUGGUGUGAGAAAUGGAAAGAAGCUGCGAAGAAGCCAAGAGAACCAUUGACAGAACAACAACAGCGGUGGAGAAGGAAAACAUUUCCAAACACGCAAGUGGUGUCCCUGUAUGUCGUCCGACAACACAGUUUGGUAUGGCCGAAUCUACAAUUGCUGGCAUCUUAAAAAAUAAAGGAGCCGUUGGAGGAGCCGAUGUCGCAAGAGGCGUUGAAACACUCGCAAGACAAAGAACACAGACAAUUGAAGAAGUGGAAAAAUGGCUUACCAUAUGGAUAAAUGAAAAACUGUUGGCCGGUGACCACAUUUCUGAGAACAUAAUUUGUGAAAAAGCUUUACAGUUGCAUGCCGACCUCACCCAAAACACCCCUGGAACAAGUGCUGAGAGUUGUAUUUUCAAGGCAAGUAGAGGGUGGCUUGAUAAUUUUAAGAGGAGGAGUGGCAUUCACAGUGUGGUGAGACACGGCAAAGCUGCCGACAAAGGAAAUGCCGAUCGAUUUGUUUUGGAAUUUAAAGAUUACGUUAAGGCCGAGGGUUUCCUUCCGCAGCAAGUUUUCAACUGCGAUGAGACAGGCCUCUUUUGGAAAAGAAUGCCAAAGAGGACCUACAUAAGAAAGGAGGAGGAAUUAUGGCCAGGGCACAAGCCCAUGAAAGACAGACUUUCCCUUUUAUUUUGUGCGAAUGCAAGUGGAGAUUUUAAGUUGAAGCCGUUGCUGGUCUACCAUUCUGUGAACCCCAGGGUAUUUAAGAAAAACAACGUCAUGAGAAGCAAAUUGCAUGUGAUGUGGAGGGCGAACAGCAAAGCUUGGGUAACCAGGCAGUUUUUUAUCGAGUGGGUUCAUGAAGUGUUUGGGCCAAGUGUGAAAAAAUACCUCCGAGACAAACAUCUUCCCAUGAAGUGCCUGCUUGUUGUGGAUAACGCUCCAGCUCACCCUCCAAGCUUGGAAGGCGAGUUGGUGGAAGAGUUCAGCUUCAUCAGUGUCAAGUUUUUGCCCCCCAACACGACUUCCCUCAUCCAGCCCAUGGACCAGCAGGUCAUAUCUAAUUUUAAGAAGCUUUACAACCGAGCCCUCUUCCAAAGGUGCUUUGAGGUGACCUCAGACACAGGGCUAACCCUCAGAGAGUUCUGGAAGAACCAUUUCAGUAUCCUACAUGGCUUACAUCUCAUAGACAAAGCAUGGAGGGAUGUGUCUCAAAGAACACUGAAGUCAGCCUGGAAGAAAUUGUGGCCAGAAGCUGUCCCGGACCGCGUACCUGAGGACGUUGAAGAGGAUGCUCUUAUUGUUGAGGAGAUAGUGUCUCUGGGGAAGUCCAUGGGCUUGGAAGUGAGUCGGGAUGAAGUGGAGGAGUUAGUGGAGGAGCACAAGACAGAACUCACCGCAGAAGAACUUCGAAACGUUCUGAUGGAGCAACAACAGGCUGCAGCUGAGGAAUUGUUUUUGCAGGAGGAGGAGAGAAGAGAAAGUGUUCCUACGGCACUGAUCGAAGACAUGUGUGCAAAAUGGGCUGAUCUGCAAGUUUUUGUUGAAAAAUAUCACCCCGAUAAAGCCGCCGUGAGUCACGCCACGAGCACUUUCAAUGAUCAUGCGAUGUCUCACUUCAGACAAAUUUUGAAACGUCGGGAAGAAGAGCAAAUGUCCAUUGUAAAAUGGUUAGCGAGGAAAAGAUCCAGUGAGUCUGAACCAGGUGUCAGUGGUGUAAAAAAAAUCAAGGAAACGCAGGAGAGGAGUAACCCACAGUGAUUUUUGAAGCAAGACCCCCCCCCAAAAAACCCAUCAUUGCAGGUAAGAAAAAUUUACAUUUAUCAUCUGUGUUGUGUUUAUUUAUUAUUGCUUUUACAAUACAGUUUAAUGUGUUUAUUGCUUUCAUUGUGUAUCAUUAGAUAGUAAAAUUCAUGUUAAAUUGCUGUAUUAGGGGUAAUAAUAAUAAUAAUAAUUUAUUAUUUGUACCCUGCCCAUCUGGCUGGGUUUCCCCAGCCACUCUGGGCGGCUUCCACAAAGGCCAAAAAUAAACUAAGAUGUCACACAUUAAAAACUUCCCUGAACAGGGCUGCCUUAAGAUGUCUUCUGAAUGUCAGGUAGUUGUUUAUCUCUUUGACUUCUGGUGGGAGGGCAUUCCACAGGGCGGGCGCCACUACCGAGAAGGCCCUCUGCCUGGUUCCCUGUAACUUGGCUUCUCGCAGCGGGGGAACUGCCAGAAGGCCCUCGGCGCUGGACCUCAGCGUCCGAGCAGAACGAUGGGGGUGGAGAUUUUAAAGGUCUGGAACGGAUUGAUUCAUUUUGCAUUGCUUUCUGUGGGAAACUGCGCCUCGGUUUCCGAACCCGAAUGGUCUUCCAGAAUGGAUUACGUUCGAAAAUCGAGGUUCCACUGUAAUGCGGUAAUCUUGGGGAAGCGUUGCAGAACAACCAGUUAUAAAUCUAAUACAUAAAUUAGUAAAUAAGCAGGAUGACGUUUGCACAGUCCAGCAUGAACCCACCACUUAUAUGCUAUUAUUGUCUCAGUGUUAUAUUGCAGAAUGCAGAAGAAGCUGACCUGUCUCAAAAUCCCUUUUGUUUUGCUAAUCCAUCUGCAUACCAUACUCUUUUUUAAGCAUCUGUGCCCUUGCUUUUGAGAUGCUUUUACCUGCUUUAUCUGUCUCUGUUUCUAUUGUGUUUACUAUUUAAUUCUGCUAUUUUAAAAAAAUAAAAAACCAUUAUAUAUAUAUAUAUCAUUAUAUAUGAUAUAUAUAUCAGCGCUGAUCCUAAAACAGAAGGGUGGAUUUUAUUUGAUUCUUAAAUAAAAAAGAAAAGAAAAUUCAGGUCUGUUCAUUGGCAUGGAAGCUGUACCAGUUUAAUACAGUGGUACCUCGGGUUACAGACGCUUCAGGUUACAGACUCCGCUAAACCAGAAAUAGUACCUCGGGUUAAGAACUUUGCUUCAGGAUGAGAACAGAAAUCGUGCAGCUGCAGUGGGAGGCCCCGCUAAAGCGGUACCUCAGGUUAAGAACAGUUUCAGGUUAAGAACAUAUUAAGUUCUUAACCCGAGGUACCACUGGAUUAUGGCAAGAAGGAGCGAGAACUCCCCAUUAUUCUGUUGGUCUUGCUCCAGGCUGACGCCGGGGACAGUUUGGCCUAUUUUUAAGUCAGCGUCUGUAACUGUGCUUUUUAAAAGUGGCUUGGUGCACAGACGUUAACCAUUGUUCACCUCCAUGCUGUAAAAAGCUCCUUUCCUGUAUAUCAACCCGCCAUUAAGACAUGGUCCUGUUUGGUUGGCAGCCCUGACUGGGCACUCCAGUCUGAUCAGCGUCCCAUUUUGUCCCCCCGUGGUGCAGACGUGGAGCCCGAUCAGGGCCAAGCAGAACAGACCCCGAUGCACGAUUCAACGGCAGCUGGCCCCAGCGAAAGUGGGAUGAAUGCCGACCUCCGCCGGCAGCUGGGCCUCAUUCUGCAGACAGCUGGCAGGAACCAGGUGGAGAAGAUGUUGCGGGAGCUGGUGAAGGAGCAGAGCCAGGAAGGGAAGCGGAAAGCCCGGAAGAAGGCGCCAAAAAGCCCCAAGGAUGAAGGUGGGCGCGGCUCGUGGCACGAGCUGCAGUGCCGGUAAAACAGGGUGUGUGUGAAACUCCUAAGAAAUAAGAACAAAACUCAGCUCAGCGAGGCUGCGAGGCUCUGGCAGGGCCAGCUUGGGCUUCCUGCAAUCCCCCUGAACCUGUUUGAUAGACUGAUUAUUCUUUAUUGAACUUACCAGGCCCCCAAAGAGUCUCUAAGUGACUUCUGUUUAAUCAUCUUUUAUGUAUAGCAUUUACAUAAAUGGUUCCACCUCUCAGUUCAAUCUCCACAACAACCCUGUGAGGUAGGCUAGGCCAAGAGACAAUGACUGGCCCAAAGUCACGCAAUGAGCUUAAUGGCCGAGUGGGGAUUUGAACCCUGGUCUCCUAGGUCUUAGUCUGAGACCUUAAUCACUACACCACACUGGCUUCCUUACCUUCUCCUCCUGCCCCACUGUCCCCCAGGAUCAGAUGAGGGGUGAAAUGUGAGGAGCAGAAGCAGGCUCCGUGCAGGCGUAGUCUUCGCCUGCUUGCAUGCAGCUCGGAUAGGGAGUCUGGCUUGUCCAGAUUGGAUUGUUCCUGGUAAAUUUCCCCUUUAGUUCCCUCUUAAAAACAAGAAUGACACGACAGUCUUCUUUAAAAAGUAAUGGUCAAGUUUACUUACAUUCAGUUCACAGUAUGGUCCUGAAGGCAGGCUUUAGCUUGUAGUUACAGGUACAGUUGUAGAGAAAAAGAAGUCUGAGCUAGGCCUCAGACUUUCUACCUUGUGGCUUCCAUCCUCUGUAAGGAUGAGCCAUGUUCUGCUGGUUAAGAGCCAGCAGAAGAGCAGCAAAAGAGCCAAAGGGCCAAAAGAGAAGGUCCAAAGAGGAAGAUGGCCGCAUGACUAGUCCGUUUAUAGGGUCUGCUAGGGUCACGCCCAUCUACCUGGUCACACACGGGGAGGAUGCUCCAGACCAGGUGUGACAGGAAGUCCUCCCUGUCUGGAGCAACAUUCCCCUGCGUAUCCACUCUAGGAAACAGGAAAUGUUGCAUUUGACUGCUACAGUGAAGAUACAUCCCACACUGACAGCUCCUUGACAACUUGUCUCUUUCCCCCCCAACGAAAUGACAGCCGCUGAGGAGAACGAAGAGGAGCCACUUCAGGGGGAAAUCAACCUGGAGAAGACAGAGCCGCCGGGUUCCCCGUCAACGGGGAGAUCCAACAGCCCAGACGAGGUGGAAGAAGCCAGCGGUGGUCGGUGCCAGCCGGACCUGGAGGAGGGGCAGCUGCCGCGAGUGCCAGCAAUCUGUCCGCCGGAGGCCAAGGCUCCCAAGAAGCUCCAAGACCGGCAGGAAAGGCCGGGAGUGUGCGUGGAGUGCGGGAAGAGCAACGCGAGCGGCAGUGGGCGAGGCCACAGCACCCCAACCCCGGAGAGGCCGCACCAAUGCGCCGAGUGCGGGCGCUGUUUCCGUCAGCGCUCCAUCCUGGCCAAGCACCAGAAGAUCCACUCGGGCGAGAAGCCCUACCCGUGCACGGCUUGCGGCAAGCGCUUCAACCGCAGCUCCAACCUGGCUCAGCACCGCCGGGUGCACACGGGCGAGCGCCCCUUCCCCUGCGCCGCCUGCGGCAAGGCCUUCACCCAGAAGUCCGACCUGGAGCGCCACCAGCGGGUGCACACGGGAGAGCGCCCCUACGCCUGCCGUGACUGCGGCAAGCGCUUCUCCGUCAGCUCCCACCUCGACCGCCACCGCCGCACCCACCGCCACGGCCUCCGGGAGGAGGAGCCCCCCACGGCUGCCGCCCCAGUCGCCCACCGCUGCCCCGAUUGCGGGAAAUGUUUUGGGCAGCGCUCGGCGCUCUCCAAGCACCGCAAGACUCACUCCGGGGAGCGCCCCUACCAGUGCGGCGCCUGCGGCAAGCGCUUCAGCCGCAGCUCCAACCUGGCGCAGCACCAGCGCAUCCACACGGGCGAGCGCCCUUUCCCCUGCGGCGACUGCAGCAAGCGCUUCAUCCAGCGCUCCGACUUGGAGCGGCACCAGCGGGUGCACACGGGCGAGCGGCCUUACACCUGCGCACAGUGCGGGCGCGGCUUCUCCGUCAGCUCCCAUCUCGACCGGCACCAGAGGGUCCACCAAGCCCAGGCGGCCGCCGCGGCCGCCCACCGCUGCCCCGAACACAUCAAGGGGUUCCUUCUUGGGGCGGGCAGCAAAGCGGGUUUGAAACACCCUCUGUGCGGAAGCGCCAAGGGACGCUUCACGCGCAGCAGCCACUGCCUGGACUGCGGGAAGAGCCUGGGCAAAAUGCCGCCGCUGUCGCUGCAACCGCCGGCGGAGAAGCCCUUCAAGUGCGAGGAUUGCGGGAAAGCUUUUGCCCAGCGCUCGGCACUGGUGAAGCACCAGCGCAUCCACACUGGGGAGAAGCCGUUCUCCUGCGCCGACUGUGGCAAGGCCUUCAUCCAGAGGUCGGACUUGACCAUCCACCGGCGGAUGCACACGGGCGAGAAGCCGUACCGCUGCGACGCCUGCGGCAAGUGCUUCAGCGUCAGCUCCAACCUGCUGACGCACCAGCGCACCCACCUGGGCGAGAAGCCCUACGCUUGCGGGGAGUGCGGCAAGGCCUUCAUCCAGCGCUCUGAGCUCACCAUCCACCAGCGCACCCACACCGGGGAGAAGCCCUACAAGUGCGGCGUCUGCGGCAAGUGCUUCAGCCGCAGCUCCCACCUCAACCGGCACCAGCGCACCCACAGCAACGGCAAGGCCUCGGCCGGCAGCGCCGGGACGGCCCACACCACACUGCUGGCCGCCAGCGCUGCCAAACCUGCCGCUCCCCUGCCCGCCUCGGCCUUCUCAGCCUCCUUUGCUUCGCCUGGCCCCCUGCCCGCCCUGCCUUCCUUCCCCUCUUCUAUCUCGUCCCUCGCAAUCCCUUCUUUGGACCUGCCCUGGUCUCUGUCCUUUCCCUCUCGGGGCUUUUCCCACUCGUCCUUCUCUUCCCCUUCCCCCGGCGGGGCCCAGGCUUCAUCCCUGAUCAACUAAAUCCUGCCCGUCCUACAGCUGCACACACACCAUAUAUGGAAAGCUUCCCCCCAAAGAAUCCUGAGAACUAGUUUGUCAAGAGUGCUGGGAACUGUAGCUCUCUCCCUGUGUGCAAACGACAAUUCUAGGAUUUUUCGCGGAGGGGUGUGUGUACUUCAGAUUUGUGGCAUGUCUCCAUUCCCUGCCUGGUGCUCUCCUUUUCCAUCUAAUGGCCACCUCUUAUUCAUCCCAGCUCUGUUCUCAUUCUGCUUCCCUGGUUAAACUAGCACCACGUCAUGCCCUGUUACAAUUGCUUUGGCUUGAACAUGGAUCAUCUGCUCACCUGGUGAGCAUCCCUCAUCGCAGGCAAGUUUCUUCCCCUUGGCGGUUACAUUGCCUGUGAUGAAUGAUGCCACUGAAGGGAGUCAGUAACGAGUGAGACUGCACUGUGAGAAGGAAGUUUUCCCUCUGAACCUGAGUGUCUUAAGUUGCACGGUCUGCAAGCAGCUUUUGGCUUGACGGGAAGGUCUUUUUAAUAGGAGGGACCAUUCAGAACUUCAGACCCACCACCCUCCUGCACGAACACUGCUUUGUGGACUGGAAUGACGGAGGACUGCAAAAGUUGAACCACUGUUUAUGUAGUUAGAAAGGACCAAGGGGGGUCAUCUCAUCCAGCCCAAUCUUUUUCCCAACGUGAGACUCGAACCCAUAACUCUGAGAUUAAGAGUCUGCUUCUCUGCCAGCUGAGCUAUCCGGUUGUGUUUGGGGCUCCGUGAUCAUGAAAGCGACUUAGUGAAACGGUGGGCUGUCUCCUGCAGGGGUGCGGGCCUAAUAGGAGCUGGAAUUCAGUCACAUCCGGAGGAUCAAAAGUUAGCCGCCCUUGCCCUGCUGCCCACACACCGUUCGUCCUGUACUUCUCAUUCCUCCUGUUCACGAACGAAUGCAGCCUUCUUCGUCAUCUUCAGAAGUUUUGGACUACAACUCCCAUCAGCGCCAGCCAGCAAAAAUAUAAUGUAGUCCAAAAUAUCUGGAGGAUACCAGAUUGGCAAAGGUUGACACAACGUAAUGCAGAUGAGCUUGCACCAUAAGAUUCAUUCACACAAGGGGUUUUGUUAAGCUUGAAAAGGAGAAGGAUUGGAUUCUUCUAUGAUUCUAAACUGCAUUUAAAGAACGGGAGGGGUGAUACUCAUGAUUAAUCGAGACUGUAGAGAGGUCCCACAAUGUAGAAGCAGCAUGGAAGGCAGGAGAAGACUGUGAGUCCAAGGUUUGUUAAAAGGCAGCUGGCGUAUAUCCAGGCUACCUUUUGAAGUCUGGAAUAGUGAUUCUAAGUAGCUUCAACUUUCAUGAAAAAGGUCCCUGUUUGCACCAUCCAUUUAAACAGCUAUUCUACCCUUUUAAACAGCCAUGGUUUCCCCAAAAGAACCUGAGAGCUGUAAUUUGUUAAGUGUUGAGAGUCAUCAGGAGACCCCUGUUCCUCUCACAGAACUAAGAUUUCCAGAGUCCUGGAAAGGACAACUGAUCAUUAAGCAACUCUGGGAAUUGUAGGUCUGAGAGGGGAAUAGGGGUCUCCUGACAACUCUCAGAACCCUUAACAAACUACAAUUCCCAUGAUUCUAUUUUAGGGGGGCGGGGAGAGCCAUGAUUGUUUAAAGUGGUGUGAUACUGCCUUAAAUGUAUCGUGUAGAUGGGGGUCUUAGAAACUGGGAUUAAAAAUAGAUAUACCUGGAUUAAUCUGGAUUAAAAGAUUGUCAAACACCUGCCUGGAUUAGGGUGCAGCUGCUGGGGGUGGGCUGUAUAAUCCUGCGUCUACCCUGAUGGUUUUAUUCUGCAAUUUGCAGUCUUCUGCCUCUUCCUUUCCCCAAUUCUGCUACCUCCAACUCUUCAUCUGUCUUCUUCAUCCCACCUGAUUCCAUGCAUAUUUACUUGGAUACAAUCCGCAGUGAGUUCGGUAGGCUUACUUCCAUGUAAGGCGAGGUGGGGAAUUUGUGGCCCUACAGAGGCUGUUAUACUGCAACUCCCAUGAGCUCUUCAGCCAACAUGGCCAAUUUAUCGUGGGCGAUUGGAGUUGUAGUCCAAUAGCCUCUAGAGGGCUUCAGGUUUCCUCAGCCCAGAUAAGUUUUCAUAGGAUUGCACCCAUUAGCACAUAUGUAUCUCAUUCCAUUUGGCCUUUCCACCAUCUGCAUCUGAUGCCUCUUCAGUUUGGCAAUAUCUACAUCAGUGGUUUGGAUUGCUUUAGUAGCCAUUUUCUGCUUCCCAAGGAAGGUCUCGUUGACACGAGCAGAAAACAUGAAGAGAAAACAUACAAUAUAGUCGAGUUCUGAGAUUGUACGCUUCAGCUUAUCAGAGGGGAAUCACAGUUUUUUUAAAAAAUGCACACCUAUCUGAGGGAUUUCUUGCUGUUAGAAUGCAACAGAAGGAAAGGUGAGUUAGAAACUUUCUCCUUAUACACUAGUUGUUUUUGUGUGUGCGUGUUUUUAGGAAGUGGUACAGCUCACACUUCAGUCUCAUUUCCCCACCACAUGAGGAGACCAGGCCAAAGCCUAAAUUUUCCUGAAAAUUUCUCGUAACAAAGUACCCUUGCCAAACUACAAUUCCUGGGAUGGGGCACCCUGACGGUUCAAAACCACUUUAAUGUAGAUUUGCCUUCCUUGGUGUUCCUAACACCAGACUGGCUUCGCUUUUAUCUUUGUAUUUUCUUGCUUUUGGGGGGCCCUUCGUGCUGCUGGGAAAGGCAGACCUCUCACACUGUUAUCAUCAACUCGGUGCUGUUAAUGUUAUGGUGCAUCUGUAGAAAGGAAACAUGGAAGAUGUGCUGCUUGGGGUGGGGGGUGGGAAGGGUCUGUAGGGUUUUCAUACUUGCGGAGACCAAAAAUACAACGGAUUGUGUUUGACCGGUUGCUGCUGAAAGGACAGAGGCAGGAAGCAAAUUAUGUGCCUUGUCUCCAGACAUCUCUGCCAUCUCCAACCUGGAGAACAUUACUGCCGUUGACUUGAAGCUAUCUGCAUCUGGGGCAAAGAAAAAAAAAUUAUGUACAUUGCAUUAAGAGAUCUCCGCUGGGGAAAAGCUUCCCAAUUCUACCAAGUUCAAAAGGCUUCACAGUUCAUGGUACUCAUGAAUUGUGCAUUUCAGCAAAUCAAAAUGUUGAUGAGCAUCUUUUCACACACACAACACAUCCUUUUUAUUUUUGGUAUUAUUAAUAUUAUUGUUUGUGGUGUUGGUUUUUUGUUUUUGUAUCGAGUGUAAAACUGGCUAAUUUUUAUUGUUAUUGAUGCUGAUGAGGUUGGGGA